AGGGAGUGAGAGGGAGGGCAGCUGAGCUGCGUGUGUGUCUGUGUGUAUGUAUAUGCACGUGUGUGUGUGUGUGUUCAUAGAAAGAAAUGGGCUAUGUAGCAGCCCUUAUGGUGGUAGAUCCAGUCUGUGAUCACCUCGCUGACACUAUUUAACAGACAUUGAAAGAAUACAAGGCGUGUGAUGGUCUCUUCAUUUUGGCUUCAAGGAAUACAAUUGCCCCCUUAAAACCCAAGCAAGCCAGCCAGCGAGCAAACAACACAUCAUCUUGUCCACCUAGCAGCAGCCAGGGACAAGCAGCUAGCAAGUACGUGGUGUAAGGUAAGACAAUAUCAAUGUAGCUCUUAACAGAACUGCACACAUAGAUAUACAGUACUGUACACGUAUACACGUACACACUACACUGUACAUUAGUACACUAACAACACUAUAGAGACACGCGUAGCACACACACACACACAUAGAGAUACAGUACAUUCACACGUACAUUACUGUAAUAUACAUACAGUACAUAGGCACUAAUACGCAUAUACAAAUAGACAGUAUAUACACUACAGUACACACACACAUAUACAUGAGUACACGUGGUUUGUGAUGGUACCGGUUCACUAUUUCACACGUGUUAGUGUACACGUGUGGUGUGCUCGUUGUGUGUAACGUGGCAUAGGGACGAAAACAAUCCCUCAUUAAAGGGAAUUAAUUGUGCUUUGGUUGGCGAUGUGCUCUCGCUGUCCUUGCUGUUGUACUUGGAGGCACACGGCAACCCUCAGUAAUAGCCACGUAACGCAAUUCUCAUGAGUGUCUUAUCAGCCGCAUUGUUGCGAAUAACAUGGUUAUUGUAACACAGCACACGUGUGGUGAGUCUAUGGUGUACAUGGUUCAUGGUGGUUAUUGUAACACACCACACGUGUGGUGAGUCUAUGGUGUGCAUGGUGGUUAUUGUAACACAGCACACGUGUGGUGAGUGUAUGGUGUUCAUGGUGGUUAUUGUAACACAGCACACGUGUGGUGAGUGUAUGGUGUACAUGGUUCAUGGUGGUUAUUGUAACACAGCACACGUGUGGUGAGUGUAUGGCGUACAUGGUGGUUAUUGUAACACAGCACACGUGUGGUGAGUGUAUGGUGUACAUGGUUCAUGGUGGUUAUUGUAACACAGCACACGUGUGGUGAGUCUAUGGUGUACAUGGUGGUUAUUGUAACACAGCACACGUGUGGUGAGUGUAUGGUGUGCAUGGUUCAUGGUGGUUGUUGUAACACAGCACACGUGUGGUGAGUCUAUGGUGUACAUGGUUCAUGGUGGUUAUUGUAACAACACACGUGUAGUGAGUGUAUGGUGUUCAUGGUGGUUAUUGUAACACAGCACACGUGUGGUGAGUCUAUGGUGUUCAUGGUUCAUGGUGGUUAUUGUAACAGCACACGUGUGGUGAGUCUAUGGUGUUCAAGGUGUUAUUGUAACACAGCACACGUGUGGUGAGUGUAUGGUGUUCAUGGUUCAUGGUGGUUAUUGUAACAGCGCACGUGUGGUGAGUGUAUGGUGUACAUGGUUCAUGGUGGUUAUUGUAACACAGCACACGUGUGGUGAGUGUAUGGUGUACAUGGUUCAUGGUGGUUAUUGUAACACAGCACACGUGUGGUGAGUGUAUGGUGUACAUGGUUCAUGGUGGUUAUUGUAACACAGCACACGUGUGGUGAGUGUAUGGUGUACAUGGUGGUUAUUGUAACACAGCACACGUGUGGUGAGUGUAUGGUGUUCAUGGUGGUUAUUGUAACACAGCACACGUGUGGUGAGUGUAUGGUGUUCAUGGUGGUUAUUGUAACACAGCACACGUGUGGUGAGUGUAUGGUGUACAUGGUUCAUGGUGGUUAUUGUAACAGCACACGUGUGGUGAGUGUAUGGUGUACAUGGUUCAUGGUGGUUAUUGUAACACAGCACACGUGUGGUGAGUGUAUGGUGUACAUGGUUCAUGGUGGUUAUUGUAACACAGCACACGUAUGGUGAGUGUAUGGUGUGCAUGGUUCAUGGUGGUUAUUGUAACACAGAACACGUGUGGUGAGUGUAUGGUGUACAUGGUUCAUGGUGGUUAUUGUAACACAGCACACGUGUGGCGAGUCUAUGGUGUACAGGGUUCAUGGUGGUUAUUGUAACACAGCACACGUGUGGUGAGUGUAUGGUGUACAUGGUGGUUAUUGUAGCACAGCACACGUGUGGUGAGUGUAUGGUGUUCAUGGUGGUUAUUGUAACAGCACACGUGUGGUGAGUGUAUGGUGUACAUGGUUCAUGGUGGUUAUUGUAACACAGCACACGUGUGGUGAGUCUAUGGUGUACAUGGUGGUUAUUGUAACACAGCACACGUGUGGUGAGUGUACAUGGUUCAUGGUGGUUAUUGUAACACAGCACACGUGUGGUGAGUCUAUGGUGUACAUGGUUCAUGGUGGUUAUUGUAUCACAGCACACGUGUGGUGAGUGUAUGGUGUACAUGGUGGUUAUUGUAACACAGCACACGUGUAGUGAGUGAACCCCUCCACUGACCCCAGACCCACGAUUUAAUAGGUUGGAUACCCUUUUUUGUUGCUAGAUGGCUUUCAUUGUCCAUGCUGUUAGUCGGUUACUGUACAGAACUUGCAUUUAGCUGCUGAGCUAAAUGGGUUAGGGGUCAGUUCCAGCUGCAAAUCUUUCAUACGUUUAAAAAAUGCGUCAGGGUCAGGUGAAAUAUAAAAGUCUAAACCGCUUAAGCGGUGAGUUGUAAUGCAACGUGCAAUCGUUACUGGUGGACCAAAAAAUAUCACUCUUAUUGACAAUUUCCCAGGGGGGGGUGGUAGGUCUCGCGCUUAAAAACUAAUCUCCGUUUAAGGGUAUGGUCGUGCAGUUGUGAGUGUGUCUGCGUACUGUUGUUACUAUGUACUGUCGUCGCCGUGUGUACUAGUAACGGGAGAGCGUGGCAAAAAAAAGCGCGAAGAAACCCAAUGUGAUUGGGAGAAACCCAAUGUUAAUAGGAGAUACCCGAGGGUGAAUAGGGGAAAUCGAGAAGCCAGAGCCGAGGGGAUAUUCCCGAUUUGUGGGGGUGGGUGGUGGUGGUUGUGGUGGUGGCACAAUGACACCCAGACGUCCCCAAUUAAGCUUGUGUGGCAAGUCACUCCCCGAAGAAAGGAGCGCGAGAGGCGGCCGGGCCGGGGACCCCGUGGCCGCGCCGCCUUCGCCGAUUUUUCCGCCUUCGACGACUUUGCCAACUUCGCCGCCGCCGCCGGGUGAGAUGUCCGAUGGCGUCCGCCCCACGCUGGGAGACGCGCCUUCCCCCCGGCGCUCGCCAUGAGGCGGCGCGCGAGUGGCUCGCGACAGCCACGCGCCCCGGCGGCGAGCGACGGCCAGGCGGCCACGACGGUCGCCGCGAUCAGCGCUGCCGGGAACACCGCCGCCAGUGCCAGCGUCAUCGCCGCCACCGCAAGCACGACGGCGCUGCUGCUGCUGCGACGCGCCUCCCUCGGCGAGCAGGCCCGACACGAGCGAGCCAUGGCCGCCGGCUCUGAGCCCGAGUCCGUCGAAGCGAGCCCCGUGGUGGACAAGUCCGGCACCCUCCCGCAGCACUCGCACACCAGCUACGGAACGACCCCGCACGCGGGCGCCGGCGCGCAGCACCCGCACUUCGGUACCGGCGCGCCGCACUCGCCCGGCGGGGCCCAGCAGCUCGCCCACCCGGGCCCCGGCGCGCCGCACCCGCACGCCAACGCGCCGCACGUCGGCGGCGUUGGCCCGCAGCACCCGCACGCCGGCGCGCUGCACGUGCAACAUUCGCAGGCCGCCGCGCAGUUCGCGCAGCACGCUCAGCCCGCACAGCUGGUGCAGCACGCUCAGCCCGCGCAGCUGGUGCAGCACGCGCCGCAAAUGCAGCUGGUGCAACACCCGCACGCCGGCGCGGGUGCGCAGCACCUGUUCGUCAGCGGCGUGUCGGCUGUGCUGAAGCACAGUGGCCCCGUGCAGCAGCAGCAGCAGCAGCACGCUGCCGUGCGGGGACAGCAGCAGCAGCAGCACGCUGGCAUGAGUGGCGGGGCCGCGCAGCACGGAUACCUCGGCCUGCCCUACACGGACCACAACUACGGGGCUCCCCCGCCGCCCACGCCCCCGGCCUCCCCUCCGCCGCUGCACCCCCUGAAGGGAGGGGGGCGCCUGCCCGCCUGUGCCCCCCGCUGCGCCGUCUCCUCUCCCCACCAGCAGCAGCAGCAGCAGCAGCAGCCGCACGGAGCGCAGGUGGCGUACGGUCACACGCGGCGCGCGCCGCUGGCGCCCGGCGCGUGGGUCGCGACGGCGCAGGGAAGCGGCGGCUGCUCCUUCUCCAGCCCCGCCACGCUGCAGAGGAGGCAGCAGCGCCAGCAGCAGCAGCAGCAGCAGCAGCCGGGGGUGGGCGGCAGGCGAGCGUCGCUGGGAGGGUCGUGGAGCCAGAGUGACGCUGGGGUGUUGCGGCAGAGGAGGCAGCCUGCCAGCAGGAAGGGCUUCUCUCCCGACGGGACGGGGGAGCCGCCCGCGUGCCGUCCGGGCCCACGGCCGCCCCUCCCCACCUCCCCUCCAAGCGGCGGCGGCGGCGGCGGCGCCAGGAGCCGCGGCGACUCCGAGCAGCAGGCGCAGGCCGGCUCCACGGCGGCGCCGCCGCCGCCGGAGGAGGACGAGGAGGAUGAGGAGGACGACGACGAGGAGGAAGAGGAGGCGGAGGAGGACGAGGAGGACGACGAGGAGGAAGAGGAGGAGGAGGAGCUGCCCGCGUGCAUGACGGUGUCCUACACGGCGGUCCAGCAGUCGCCCACGACGCUCACGCUCAUGGCGAACCGCGCCGUUCCUGCCGCGGGCGGCGCGGCCGGGGCGUCGGGUGCGGCAGCGGGGGCGGCCGUGACGGCGGCGGCGCGAGGCCCCGCGCGCCCGCGCUCGCUGUCUCAGGAGCGCGGGCGCGCGGCGGGGAGGGUGGCGGCCGGCGACGGCGGCGACGGCCCCGACGGUGGCGACGGCGCUGGCAAGGCGUUCUCGCCGAUGACGGUGGCGGCCGCCGUGAAGCGCAAGCGGAGCGCGGUCGGCAGGCAGCGCCGGCCGGCAGCGCGGGCCAAGAAGCCGUUAAGGGAAGGUCUGCGCAAGUCUGCAAGAAUAAAGAGCGUCGCGGGCGAGACCUCUCCGGGCGGGGACCUCCCCACGACUCCCACGGACGCUUUGGCCUCCUCCUCCGCCUCCUCUUCGUCCUCCUCCACCGCCGGCACCGGCGGAUGCGACGACGACUCGGGCGCCGACUGGCGGAACCGCGUGCGCUCGUGGGCCGAGAACUACGAGGAGGCGCUGGCGAACCGCUACAGCGCCGACCUGCGCUCGGCCCUGCUGCUGCGGCGCCGCCAGGGCUCCCCCGUGGAUAGCGACACCGGCGGCGGCAGGCGCCGGGCGUCGGUCGGCGGGGAGGGGAACGAGCCGGGCGGCGCCCCCGCGGAGCACGGGGCGGUCGCGGUCACCGUCAGGAGGUGGAGCGAACGAACUCCGGGAGUGAAGGACGGUGGGGGCGAUGCUGCUGAUGAUGCUGGUGAAGCCGGCGAUGGCGGGGAUGACGGUGGCGAUGGUGGCGGUGAUGGUGUAGAGGACCCUGACGGCUGUGCUGGGCAUGUUGAGGGGUUCAAUGGGGAGGUGGAGAAGCUCGAAGUUGACUCGGACUGCGUGCUCGUCUCUCUCAAGCGACAGUGCGCGUUGGCUCGAGGCCGCGCGGUCCCAGACUCGCUCUACUUGGGCCGCGUGGUCACGGCCGCCCGGCCGCUGCCCCCGCACUCCCUCAUCAUCGAGUACCGCGGUGUCGUCAUGCUCAGCACGCAGUUCGAGGCCAACGGACACUUCUUCAAGAGGCCGUACCCCUUCGUGCUGUUCUACUCCAAGUGCGACGGCGUGGACGUGUGUGUGGACGCGAGGACCUUCGGCAACGCCGCGCGAUUCAUCCGCCGCUCGUGCACGCCCAACGCCGAGGUGCGGCACAUAGUGGAGAAGGGUGUCAUCCGGUUGUGCAUCUACUCGGUGGGGCUCAUCGGCAAGGGCUCGGAGAUCACCAUCCCCUUCGACUUUGACUACGGCGGCUGCGCGUACCGCGUGGAAUGUGCGUGCGCGCGCCGGGAGACCGAGUGCCCCGUGCAGCGUCGCAACAACGAGGUGCUGCAGAAGUCUCGGCACGGAUACGACACGCGGCGCCGUGGCUGCCGGUCGCGAGAGGAGGCGGAGAGAAGCGGAGACUCGGGGCAUGCGGCCUCCACGGAGAGACCCGUGUCUCCGAUACGACUCUCGCUGUCGGGAAUACAGUGCCGCGAGGAGCGCCGGCUGGAGGCCGCCUCCGCACGCGCCGACCGCAGGGAGCGCAGGCGGAGCGACGCCACCGGCUCGGCGCUGGCGGACGCGGCGAGCCGCGGCAGCAGCGAGCGAAAGGAUCGCGUCAAGGCAGAGGGGCCGGGGGGCGCGGGGUCGCUGAGGGAGCCCAGCGGGGAGGGGGGGCCGCCGCCCAGGCCCGGGGGUUCGCCUGACGUCAAGCGGGAAACCGGCACCCCCCCAGAGGCCCGCGCGACGCCCGCCAAGGAAGCGACGACCCCCUCGCGCCCCUCCCAGCCGCGCUCCUCCCGCUGCCGCCCCCGCCGUUGCUUUGGACGCUCGCGCCGCAAGCCCCGGGCGUCCGACUCCUCCGGCGGGGCCGGGCCCGGCUCCGCCUGCUCCGCCGCCGCCGCCGCCGCCGCCGCCGCCGCCGCCUCGUCGUCGUCGUCCUCGUCGUCGUCUGCGACCUCGGGCGCCGUGCCGUUGCUCCCGCCGCGCGCGCCGACGCCGCAGUGCGCGGCGGCGCCGUCGGACGCGGGGGGCGACGGCCCUGGCGGCGGCCUCGGCCGCGGUCGCGGCGGAGGCGCCGCCGGGAGCCGGGGCGGGGGGAGCGCCGGCCGAGGGGGCGGCGCCAGGGCCGGACGGGAUGUGCGGAGACGGAGCGUGGGCGGCGGGGGGGGACGGCGGCUCCGGCUCUGCCGCUCAUCGGAUUCCUCCGGUGUAAAUAAAGAUUCUGGUUCUGACUUUGACAGCCUUGCGAACGAGAAGCGUUUCCACCCCGAGCGGUAUUCCACGCGGGACGUCGCGGUGGCCGCGUUGAUCAAAAUCUCGCUGGCGCACGUUCUCAACCUCCUGCUGGGCCUGGGCCCCGCGCUGCAGGUGUGCACCGCGCCCAAGCACUACGUGCGCUUCACCUCGCCCUUCCUGCCCGAGAAGCGGCGUGGCGGCGCCGGCGCGGGAGCCGCCGGCGCGGGGCCCGGCGGCGCGGCCGGGGGCCGGAGGCCGCGGGGCUGGCGCAAGACGCAGCAGCAGCACCACCAGCAGCACCAGCAGCACCAGCCGGCAGACGCGCUGUCGGCGCCCUGCAAGAAGCGGUGGCUGCGGCAGGCGUUGGCCGAAGCCCAGGACGCGGCGCAGGAGGGAAGUUCCACUCCCGCUGCUGCGCCGGCCGUGGACGUUGGCGCCGACGCCCUGCAGCUGCAGCGUCCGUCGCAGGGCGGCAGCCCCUCGGCCAGCGAGACGGGCGACAGCCUGAGCUGCGUGUCCCCCUCGCUCAGCCUCGCCUCCUCCAGCGGUGAGGCCGCUGGAGCAGGCGGCUCGCCGCUACUCCGCGGGCGCCCGGCCGAACCGCCGCCCCCCGGCGAUCCCUCUGGCGCGGCGGCGCACUGGGACGACUGCGUGGUGGUGGGCGUCCAACAGCCGCCGCCGCCGCCGCAGCAGGAGCAGCGGCAGGAGCGGCAGGAGCGGCAGCGGGAGAGGGUCGAGGACGUGGACCGCGAGGAGCGCCGGGGCGACCGUGCGGACGAGCGGCGGCGGAGCGGCGACGCCGAUCCGGGGAGCGGCGGCGACGCCGAUCCGGGGAGCGGCGACGCGCUGCCAAAGUCCGGAGCGGACUCGGCGGUGGACGAUCGGGCGCUGGAUCUGGACGGCGGCUGCCUGCCAUUCCGGCCCGUCUUCUCUCCCAUCAGCCCCGAGGGCCCGUCCUACCCGCCGCCGCCCGUCUUCGAGCCAAAUCGUCCGGUCGCGUGUGGCCCGGUGCAGUGUGGGAGUUCCCACGGUUAG